GCCGUGAGAACCAUUACAUAUCAGCUUUAUUGUAAUAUAAAAUUGGCAGGUGUUAGUACGCAUCUGUUCCUAUAUAAGUUGCACCAACAGAUGCCGCUUCUUUGAAUACAUUAAUAUUGUCGAAUGAUGGAGAAAGUCAUUCUGUUUUGCGUACUUCUCGUGUGUGCUGUAUUCAGCUUUACAGCCGGGACUUUUGUUUCGUCAGUAACAAAAGCAGGAGAAUCAACAGGUCAAAUUCAUCGACAUGAAAGGAACACGACAGGAAAUUCAGCUGGAGGAAGAACAAGACGUGAACCGUGUACGACGUCGGCGUACCGGACAGCGAGUGGCAUGUGUAACAACGUGAACAACCCGACCUGGGGAGCCGCAGGGCAGGCGUUCCAGAGACUACUGGAUCCGCUGUAUGACACGGAUGGCUCGGCACCAAGAGCCAAGACGUUCACCGGAAGUGCUUUACCCAGCCCGAGAAAAGUGAGCACCACAGUUCAUUUCCACCUGAACGUCAGGGCACCCCGAGCCACAUCCAUGUUGAUGGAGUGGGGGCAAUUCCUCGCACACGACGUCGUGUCAACGCCAGUGAUGGACCACAGUAAAGAUUGCUGUGAUGGGUCGAAUGAUGAAGAUUAUUUAACUGGAGGACCGUGUUUUCCCAUUACGAUUCCGGCUGGAGAUCGAUACUUCAAAACAACUUGUAUGAACUUCACCAGAUCUGACCCAAUCGCUAAUUCUAGUCCACGAAACCAGUACAGCACCAUCACAGCUUUCAUUGACGCCUCUAACGUGUACGGGAGCAGCGAUAGUGAAACCGUGGCCUUGAGAUCGUUCACGGGAGGUCGGCUGCGAGUGGAAGAAAACAAUGGGCAGCGUGAACCGAACGACUUGCUACCCAACCUUGGAGAAACGGACUGUGAGCUUAGUAGUACCGAUGCCAAGGAUUAUUGCUUCACCGCAGGCGAUAAUCGAGUAAAUGUGCUGCCAGGUUUAAAUGCACUACAUACUCUGUUUAUGAGAGAACACAACCGAAUUGUCGGGAAACUAGCUAAACUUCAUCGCACCUGGGAUGACGAGCAACUCUUCCAGGAAGCCAGGAAAAUUGUCGGAGCAGAAAUGCAGGUUAUAACAUACAGAGAAUGGCUUCCUCGCAUUAUUGGCAGAACGGCAAUAUCGAAAUAUGGGUUAACACCAGGAAGCUAUUCGUACGACGAAAACCUGAAUCCAACUCCAUAUAAUGUGUUUGCCACCGCAGCUUUUAGAUUUGGCCACACCAUGCUUCCCGAAAAGUUAAAAAUAGGAUCCACAGAAAAGGAUCUUGUAGAUCUAUUCUUCAGGCCCAAAUUUGUUCGCGAUAGCAUGGAUGACGUCAUAUCCGGUUUAUUGGACACGCCGAUUGAGAGAGUUGAUGCAUGAUAUGCCCGAGGAAUGACUGAUCAUUUAUUUGAAACCAAACCAAAGACGAGAUUGGACAUCGUUUCACUAAAUAUUCAACGAGGAAGGGACCACGGUUUACCUCCCCUGAACGAAUGGCGGGAAAAGUGCGGUCUGAACAGAAUCACUACUUUCUUUGGUCAAGAAUUCCAAAGAAGAGCUAGAAGGGAUUUGGCAAGGGCGUAUUCACACCCUGAUGACGUGGAUCUAUACAGUGGCGCCAUCUCGGAGCGGCCAGGGCGCAGGGCUAUGGUGGGCCCCACAUACAUGUGUCUGCUGGGCGAACAGUUCAGAAACCUCAAACACGGAGACCGGUAUUUCUAUGAAACCACAGACCCCAUCAGAGGCUUCACGUUCUCACAACAGAGAGAAAUUUCAAAGAUAACUCUGGCCAGAGUGAUUUGUGACAACACGGGACUAUCUCAGAUACAACGACAAGUGUUUAGUCCAGUCAGCAACAGAAACCCUUCAGUUUCCUGCACUGAUACAAGACGAAUACGGGAGAUGGACCUGUCUAGGUGGGCGUAACAGAACAGGCCAGAACGGAACGGAACAGAACAGACCUGACAAGAACAGUACCAGCGAAAGCAUUGUUUAAUUUGGUAUCUCUGCAUUGUUCUUAAUAUAACACUUAUAAAUAAAAGUAAAUUGAAAUAAAUACGUACAG